AAGUACUAUAGACAGGCGGAAGCUGUGAAUCAACUUUCAAGUUUUCUACAUUUAUUCUCUAUCUUGAAAUUACUAACAACAAUGCGAGGCAUAUGCGUGUGAUGACUUCAUUGGAGUGAAUUAUUAAAUUUUAAAACGCGAUCAAGUUCUUAGUGCAACUUGCUACAAUGUUUCACAUUUAUUUUGUAUUUACGGUAUUUACACUUCUAAUAAGUGAGUGUGUGCCACGGUCGAUAGAAGCCGAUCAAUCUUUUGUUAAAAAUCCAAAGUAUACGAAAUACGAUGAUCUUGUUGAGUUGUUUGACAAUUUAGAGAAAUCCUAUCCGAAUCUGGCUAAGUCUUACUCGAUUGGCAAGUCGGUGGAAGAUCGCCAAUUGCUAGUGCUGCAGAUUAGCGAAGACGUGAAGCAGGUACAUCCGGAGCGGCCAGCGUUCAAAUAUGUCGCUAAUAUGCAUGGUGACGAGUCUGUUGGUAGAGAGCUGGUAAUAUACUUGGCUCAAUAUCUGCUGCUCAAUUAUGGAACAGAUGAUAGAAUCACAAAGCUUGUCAACACCACUGAUAUACAUUUGAUGCCGUCCCUUAACCCUGAUGGAUUUGAGGCUAGCAAGGAAGGAGAAUGUGAAUCCCCUAAUGACUACCGGGGCCGGAGUAACGCAAAAGGCGUUGACCUAAACCGGGACUUCCCCGACCAGUUCGACAAGAUAAAGGUGAAUGUGGAGGAAUACUUCUUCGGGGGCCGACAGCCUGAGACUAUAGCGCUGAUGAAGUGGGUCAUGUCCAAGCAGUUCACCCUGUCCGGGAACCUCCACGGUGGAGCGGUCGUUGCUAGCUAUCCUUACGAUGAUUUAGGUAAUGGCAAAGACUGUUGUGAAGAAAGUAGAACUCCAGACAACGAGCUUUUCAGACAUCUAGCAGGUUCGUUUGCGUCUAGGCAUGAGGACAUGAGGAGAGGAGACGCCUGUAAGCCGGAGACAUUCAAGAACGGACUCACCAAUGGAGCGUUCUGGUAUUCUGUUCAAGGUGGUAUGCAGGACUUUAACUAUCUACACUCCAAUUGCUUCGAGGUGACCUUCGAAUUGUCGUGUUGCAAGUACCCUCGCGCUGUGGAACUGCCCAAUUAUUGGAGGAUGAACAAGGAAUCUCUGAUUUCCUUUAUCGAGGAAUCGCACAAUGGUGUCCACGGGUUCGUGGUGGAUGAAGAUGGGAAUCCCAUACCGAACGCUGAAGUCUACGUCAACGGUAACAGUCACUCUAUCGUUACAACAGAGCAUGGCGCCUAUUGGAGACUGCUACUGCCGGGAGGUUAUAACAUCACCGUCAUCGCUAAAGGCUUCUACCCCUCUCCCUACGUCUCUGUGGUUUCCCCCUCGUCUGUGAACGUCACUCUACACCGCCGCCCCCGCAAUCUACGCGUGAGUAACAGGCAAGCACGUCACUCGCUCGCUGUUUCCUCAGACGACUUCACUCAUCACAACUACACAGCGAUGGAACAGUUCCUUAAGGAUCUAUCGGAAACUUACCCCGAACUCACCAGAUUAUAUUCCAUCGGCAAAUCGGUGGAGGGAAGAGAGUUAUAUGUCCUCGAAGUUACCAAGGAUCCUGGCUCACAUUUACCGGGAAAACCUGAGUUCAAAUACGUAGCCAACAUGCAUGGUAACGAGGUAGUGGGUAGGGAAAUGCUGCUCCUACUAGCCAAGUACCUACUGAACCAGUACACGAAAGGGGACGUGAGGGUGCAGACCAUAUUAAACACCACCAGAAUACACCUCAUGCCCAGUAUGAACCCUGACGGAUAUGAGCAUGCGCAUCCUAAAGACUACAAUAGCAUUGAAGGAAGAUCCAACGCCCAUGAUGUAGAUCUGAACAGAAACUUCCCAGAUCAAUUUGGAAAAACGCAGGACAACGAAUUCCAAGAACCUGAAACCUUGGCUGUAAUGAACUGGACAUCCUCUAUCCCGUUCGUUCUGUCAGCUAACCUGCACGGCGGUGCUCUGGUCGCCAACUAUCCUUACGAUGGGAAUCCUCAGAUGAAAUCGGGAUGGAAGAAUCCAUCCCCGGAUGACGAUGUAUUCGUUCACUUAGCCCACGUAUACUCAGAGGCACACCACAAAAUGCAUUUAGCACAGCCCUGUCGACACUCCAACGAAAGAUUUCAAGAUGGUAUCGUCAAUGGUGCGGAAUGGUACGUUUUAGCUGGUGGAAUGCAAGAUUGGAACUACCUUCAUACUAACGAUAUGGAGUUGACUCUGGAGCUGGGCUGUUUCAAGUUCCCUCCGGCCUCCGACCUCCCGACCUACUGGGAGGACAAUAGGGAGGCGCUUCUACAAUUUAUCGAGGAGGUCCACAAGGGCGUCCACGGGUUCAUUCACAGUCACAUAGGUCAUUAUCUCGCGGACGCCACUGUAUCAGUAGGUGGGAUUCAUCACGCUGUUAAAUCAGCUCAGUUUGGGGACUACUGGAGACUCCUAAGACCAGGAACAUACAAUAUCACCGCUAGCAAACAGGGUUAUGAGAGUGUCACCGAGCUGGUGACAGUACCACCUACAGGUUCGAUAUCGCUCAACUUCACUCUGAUGCCGGACGAUCCCCAGCACUGGUCAUCGGCUUACGACUUCCGUGUGUUAGACAACAUAAUAAACACAAGAUAUCACACGCCGCUGGAGAUGUAUGCGGCACUGGCUGAACUGGAGAACGAACAUCCAGCUGUAGCGGAGUUCAGGGCGGGAGACAACGAGCUCACCAGCAGCCUGCACCAGCUGAAGGUCACCCAUGAUGAGGGCUCGCCAGAAGAAACCAAAUUCCACAUCGCCUUGAUAAGUGACCUCUACGGAUCCCAGCCGGUCGGUCAAGAGAUGCUGUUAAACUUCGCGAGGCACAUGUGUACCGCUUAUCAGAUAGGAGAACCAAGGCACAGGAACUUACUGAAAAAUACGGUUCUACAUUUUAUCCCGAACUUGGAUCCCCUCUACAGUAAAAUGUUGAGAACCUACGAUCACACAGAAAAAUGCGAUCUCCAACUCCUGGAAGAGGAGUUCGGUGAUAGUUUAUACAACUAUCUAACGAAGAAAAAUCUAAAUCCGCUAACAAAUUAUACGAGAGAAAAGGCGUUUGUCGAUCUUCUGGAAUCGGAACAGUACGAUUUAAUAUUAGACCUGGCUUCUGGUACAGAGGAUGUGACAAUACCGAACAUAUCCAAGGAGAUAUACGAGAAAUAUGCUCAGAUAUACCAAGAUAAUAGAACACCUAGUAGGAAAUAUCAGUGCAAAGAGAAUAGUGUGGUCCAAGAGAAUCUAUUGGAUCUUAUAUUUAAGAGGUAUGACGUACCGAUAGUGUCUAUGGGGCUGAGCUGCUGCAAGAUGCCGUUAGAAUCUGACAUAGGCUGGGUGUGGAGGAACAACUUAAAGGGCAUUAUGAAGGUCGUCGAGCAAGCGAAUACUGGUAUCCGUGGAUUCAUUCGCAACACUGAAGGUGCUCCAAUGCGGUCUGCGGUCAUCAGUGUGGUGUCGGGCGCUAGCUCGAGGCAGUACCGCGUGUCUCAGAACCAGGCCCACUAUCGUGCCCUACUACCGCCAGGAGACUAUCGCAUCAUCGUCAGAUGUCACGGGUAUAAGGAUCAGAUGCUAACGUGGCGAGUAGUUCAAGGUCAACUUAAACAGAAGGACAUUAUAAUGCAGCGAUUAAACUCAGAAAGUCUGCCCGGAGGACAAUUUGAAGAAGUCAAAUUUGAGAAGGACCCUGACACUGUUUAUAUUACAGGUCUAACCCUCACGUCGAGUAGUGUGCCACUCGCCCACACGACUCUCUCGGCGUGGCCCUUACCUAAAGAGAGUCGUCACCCACUGUGGUCCAACACUAGCGAUUCACUCGGUCGUUUCGUUGUGUCACUUCCGGUCACGUACAUGGGUCGGGAGGUCAUGAUUUCAGCCAACAACGAUGGAUACGUUACCACCAACAGACACGUCAAGAUUAGUAGUAGUGACAACUUAACACCUAACAUUAUACUGAAGCUGGAGAAAGACGACAAUGUCCUGGGAAUGCCAAGACUCGUUUUCAUUAUGGUUGCUGGUGUAGUGGGCGUUUCCCUGGUGACUCUCGGUGCCUGGUGUCUGUCUUGUCGUUCCAGGUCGAGAGACGCACGCCGCGAGUACAUGUUCGCCCCACUCCCAGACGACGACAAACGACCGCUAUGUGAGAACGGAGCCUACGACGUAAUCCGCAGACCGUACUACGACGAGGAGGAACUGCCACCGUCUGACACCGACUCGGAGGAUGACAUCGUGUUACUGAGAACUGACAGGGACUGGAAGAAUAACGACGAACAAACAUAAAAUAAAACAUGCAAGUUAAGCAAUUGUUUCAAAACAAACAGUCGCAUUGUUUCCAGUGAACGGAUAUAAGUCUAACAAACUGUUGAAAUAAUUAUAACUAUAUAAAAAAUGUAUUCGUAAGAAAAUUAAACUUAUUUAAUAUUAGUAUUCUACUUAAAAAGAUUUAUAACAAUAUUUGUAUGGUUUUAAAAUAUCAUAAUUUAUUAAAAUUAAGCAUAUAUUACGAUCUCCUUAAUUGGCACAGUAUUAUUUUUGAAACAGAAAUAAGACAUUCCAUAUGAUCAGCAUUUAUAUUCGUGUAAAGAAAAAUAAUUCCGAAACAAACAAAUAUUUCUUAUCUUCCAACUAAACCGAAUUUAUUUUACAUAUUCAAUGUAUUUGUGAAUCUCACAAUAACGAAAGCAAUAAUUUAAAAAUAACACUUAAUAUAUUUUUAUAAUAACCUUAAAUAAAAUGUUUAUUAAUUUUUAAAAAAUCUUUUAUAUUGAGUUUUAAAUUAAUCUAUCUAAUUUUAAAUUUUACAACUGUAAUUCCUUGAAUUAAAAAGAAUUAUAUAUUUUGUAUUUGUAAACUUUUCUUCUUUUUUUAAAUGUUAUAUACGAAUUUUGAGAUUACUGUUUAUUAUACAAAUUGAUUUUUUUUUUAAAUAUUGGUGCUACUUUGCCCUUCACAUUUUUGUAGACCAUUGUGAUAGUUUAAAGAUAAAUAUAUGUUUUUUAAAUGUG